AUGGCUGCUCGUCGGUCUCUCCUGCGCGCUGUCCCCGCAUUGACAGCAAGACGAGCCACCGCACCAGCUGCGUCUCAUCUCUCAGCAUCUCUCAGAAUGUCGCCGAACGAGCAGAUUGCCAGGCGCCGACUUCAUGCGACUACGCGCCAACUCGCUGCCACCAGCACUGCCGUCGCCGACUAUCCUACCUCUCACGAACAGAUCACCAAUGUUGUUAACACACACAACUUCAUUGACAACCAAUUCGUCCCCUCUGAAACCUCCCAAUGGAUCGACCUCCAUGAUCCUGCCACCAACAAUCUCGUCACUCGAGUGCCUCAGUCCACCGAUGCCGAAUUGAAGGCCGCUGUCGCCUCCGCGGAGAAAGCCUUCCCAGGAUGGCGAGCGACAUCCAUCAUAAGCAGACAACAAAUCAUCUUCAAGCUGACCCAUUUGAUUCGCCAGAAUAUGGACCGACUGGCCGCCUCCAUCACCCUCGAACAGGGCAAGACUUUUGCUGAUGCCAAAGGUGAUGUCCUUCGCGGUCUGCAAGUCUGUGAGACUGCCUGCGGCAUCACCACUCAAAUGACUGGUGAAGUCAUUGAGGUGGCAAAAGAUAUGGAAACUCGUUCAUAUCGCGAACCCCUGGGCGUGGUGGCAGCCAUCUGCCCCUUCAAUUUCCCCGCCAUGAUCCCGUUGUGGAGCAUUCCUCUCGCUACCGUGACUGGCAACUGCUUGAUCCUCAAGCCCAGCGAGCGGGACCCUGGUGCUGCCAUGAUCCUCGCUGAGCUGUGCAAAGAAGCUGGGUUCCCCGAUGGCGUGGUCAACAUUGUCCACGGUGCGGCCAAGACGGUCGACUUCAUUAUCGAUGAACCAGCCAUCAAGGCCAUUUCCUUCGUUGGCUCGAACCGAGCUGGUGAAUAUAUCUACACUCGUGGUAGCGCUCAGGGCAAGCGUGUCCAGGCCAACCUGGGUGCGAAGAACCAUGCAGCGGUGCUUCCAGACUGCAACAAGAACCAUGCACUGAAUGCCAUCGCUGGUGCGGCCUUUGGUGCUGCAGGCCAGCGGUGCAUGGCCCUGAGCACGCUCGUAAUGGUGGGUGAAACGAAGGAGUGGGUGCCAGAGCUGGCCGAACGUGCAAAGGCCCUCACCAUCAAUGGUGGAUUCGAACCGGAUGCCGAUCUCGGCCCCUUGAUCAGCCCACAGAGCAAGAAGCGAGUCGAGGAUCUGAUCCAGAGCGCGGUAGACGAGGGUGCAACCAUCUUACUUGAUGGCAGAGGCCAGUACCCGCCUAAAUACCCCAAUGGCAACUGGGUCGGUCCAACCAUCAUUGCCAACGUCAAGCCGCACAUGAAAUGCUAUACCGAAGAGAUCUUUGGCCCUGUCCUCGUCUGUUUGAAUGUUGACACGACUGAGGAAGCCAUUAAGCUGAUCAACUCCAACCCCUAUGGCAAUGGCGCGGCCGUCUUCACACGUUCCGGCCCCACCGCCUCUCUAUUCCAGAAGGAACUUGAGGCGGGCCAGCUUGGAAUCAACGUCCCCAUUCCCGUGCCGCUCCCGAUGUUCAGCUUCACCGGUAACAAGAAGAGCGUGGCAGGAACAGGCGUGGCAAACUUCUACGGCAAGGAUGGCAUUAGGUUCUACACCCAGUGGAAGACUGUGACAAGCCUGUGGAGAGCCGAGGAUGCGUUGGCGACAGAGAAGCAGGUCUCCAUGCCGACACACUCGUAA